AACCUUGAUGCUUACGAAAAUACACGUAAACGUAAACAAAUGGGUUCUUAACUUCUCACCGAAGACAAAGAUUGCUGUUGAAAGGGGCGUAUUCUGGGAUUUAUUUUUCGUUUUACUUGUUUUUUAUUUAACAAACUCAAACUCAAGUUAUUUUCAUUUGUGGCUUUUGGAUCUGUACAGGCUGAGGCGCAAUGGAGUCGAAAUACAAUGUCCGGAAUCCUUCUGUGAAGCGACUGAUGCGCGAGGCCCAGGAGCUUCACGAGCCCACAGAGGACUACUAUGCCCAGCCUCUGGAUGACAACCUGUUUGAGUGGCACUUCACUGUGCGGGGGCCUGAUGACUCGGCUUUUGAGGGUGGAGUGUACCACGGCCGCAUCCUGCUGCCCUCGCAGUACCCCAUGAAGCCACCGAGCAUCAUCAUGAUGACACCCAAUGGACGGUUCGAGGUGAACAAGAAGAUCUGCCUGUCCAUAUCCGGUCACCACCCAGAGUCGUGGCGACCCAGCUGGUCAAUCCGUACCGCCCUGAUGGCCAUCAUCGGCUUCCUGCCCACCCCGGCCGCCGGCGCCAUCGCCAGUCUGGAGUACAACGAUGACGAGCGGCGCCGGCUGGCGGCGGGCAGUCGCUCCUGGAGCUGUCCGCAGUGCGGGGAGGCGCGCCUGCUGCUGGCGGCGCCCGGACCAGAUAGGAACGGACACGACCAGCGGCAGGCGGAGGCGCGAGAGCUGGCCGGAGAGUUCAGCUUCCAGGGCGAGAAGGCGAAGGGGGCGUCCGGCGACCCCACCGCCCCUGCCACCUCCUCCUCCCCUGCCGCUGCCACUGGAGACGCCCCUGCCGCCCCCGCCCCUGCCGACGCCAACACCGACCAGCCCGCGGCCCAGCCGGCCGAGCGACUCCCGCAGCCCCCGGAGGUGACACUGGCGGCUGCUGAGGAACCGUCCUGGGCCAGCAGUACGCUGAUCGUGGUACUGGUGGCGGCCAUCGCCGCUCUCCUCUGCCGUCGUCUGUUCCUCCUGGAUGCCGAGCGGCUGGACGGCCUGUCAGAGAGCAUGUGAGAUAACCUGCUGAACGUCUUGCGACUGGACGGGCUCUUGGGAAACCGACCACUGGAUAGACAGGAGAUGUUGAUUUGGGGCAGAUAUAGUAAAAUAUCAGGGGAACGGGUGGGUUGUGAGCCCAGAGGAUUAUCUUCGUAAACACGCUUCAUGGCGUGGGCCGAUUGAGGUAUUGUAAGUACGGAGCCUUUUCAGCUAGUUCUGUAAUAAGAUAAUUGUGCUGUUUGAGAUAGGUAGUAUCUCAACAAACGAUUUUGGACAUAUCUGAAGCCAGGUCGAGAGACAACCAAUGACGACUGUCUACAAAGAGCUUCACAUUUGUAGAAACUGAGAAAUGUGCCAGUAGUUAUAACAGCUCAUCCCAGUAUUCGUGUACAAUUUCUUCAACCGCUGGCGAUUCAUGAGGGCGACUCCAUCCGGAUACUGGAGACGGAGACGCCCCUGGAGCUGGGGGUCCUGGAUACUGGAUAGCAUCAUCAGCUUUUCAGCUGUGCCUCGCUAAUAUGUAAGCGAACGUGUUUUGACUUCGUCAGUACAGCUUUGUGGUGGUGGCACUAGCUCUACUGCCACCUCGGUCCCUCGCCGGUGUUUGCCGGGUCCCUUAGUUUGCUGUUUGGGUUGUCUGGUUUGGGAUGUGCAGGCAAUAUUUUAGGGUUGUUCCGAGUCCACAGGCAUCCGAUUGGGGUAUUUGAGUGAUAAUUGAGUCCAGACGAGAACGUUUUGAUUGGAAACGGUCACCUCUGUAGCUUACUCUGAGCAAGUAGAAUUGACUCUAAUUCAGAUAUUGGUUCUAUGAUAAUGUAAGGUAGAAGUAUCAUUGAGCUUUCUUCAGCAUGCAACUGAUAACGCCGUCCCUCCCAUCGGAACAGACAAUUCGCUCCGAUUUCGGAUGGACGAAAAGUAUCACGUCUAAUUCUUGAAUUUCUGUACUAGAGAAGAAAAGGCCAGUUUUUAACAGGCGGGGCAUGUUCUGAAACGGUUCGUUCGAUUUUGUUUGGAAAAAACGAACUUUUGACACGAUUGCUUCGUCCUGUCCCUGAUGUUAAUGUACGCCAACUUGCAAUAUUUACGUAUUAGCACCAUUUGUUCAGAAUGUGACAGACGUUGCGAAACAGUUGUAGUGUCUAUUAGCGUUUACUCACUUGAUUACGUCCCAGUAAAGCAUUAUUACAUAGCUCUCACGAUAGUUUGUAGGUAGAAGUGCUCUUGUCUAUUAGUUUGUUGUCUCUAUGUAUAAUUAUACCAGACGUCAAACACCGAUACCGAAUUGCGACGUUGCCCUGCGCUAUGAUUGCGACAUGUCGCUAUUCACUUUGUUGUGGGGACUGGGAUCACCUCGAUGUUGAGGCAGUCCCUGCAUAGCUUUCCUCGAUGUUGAGGCAGUUCUUGCAUAGCUUUCCUCGAUUUAACCGGUUUCACGCUGGGUGGACCGCCUGAUCCUAACUGCCAGCGUGCGGCGCUUUUAUCUUCGAGGUAGUGACCAAGGCCAGUUUUGUUUUCUGUGCACUAUCCUUGUGCUCUUGGUGGUGCUGGUGAGACGCGUUGGUGUACCCAGUGUGUGACGUGUGUUCUCUACAUUCCGUGUGCUGUUCGCCAAUACACGGCCAAGGGAACGGG